AUGGGACCGACACAGAAGAGGGGCAGCAUCCACCUUGCGAAGCAAUGGCAAGCCCCCCAGAAGGACAGGCCUGAUCAGCAACCUCAAGAACCAAUUACACGUCUGCGGUCGAGUCCAGAAGUCGAUGAUUACAUCGAAGGCUUCGCCCGUGAGAUACUGCAUCCUUCAGCACGGGACACUGGAUUCCAGGCGCUUCCAUUGCCUCCGAUGCCACCACAGGCACCUCGUUUUGAGGAAGCACAGACCAGCGAGUGCCGGGUUGGUCAGGCUGGGGAGGACGUCUCGGAGUCUGUCAGCACUGAGCCCCGGCGCAGUGAGGGUCGAUUCUACACCUCGAAGCCCCUAACCAGGAGUCUGACAGCACCAAGGGAGCUGGAGCAACCAUCAGAGGUCCAGCAGCUCUGCCGACAUCUGAGCUUGGAGCAAAAGUUGGCCCUGGCCCAGCGCAAUCAGCAACUGCGCUGGGAGCUGGGGCUCUUGAGGCAUCAAGGCCUGGCCAUGCGGCGACACUACCAGAUGGCGCGCAGAGAUUCGAAAGAGAAGGCGGAGGAGUUGCAGCGAGUGCAAGUCGAGUUGGAGACCAGCAAGCAAGAAUCCGAGCAAAUGGCGGAAACUCAUGCUCAGCUGUCAUCUGACCUGCAAGAUCGAGAUGCAAGGCUGGCAGAGCUCGAGAUGGAAAACGACUCUUCGAAGGCAGCGGAAGUGGCGGCCCAAAGCCUGGCGGCCAAGCUCCGACGAGAAAUUGCUGUGGCGAAGGAAGCCGGCGACUUCCAGCAGAAAGUCUCGCAGGAGCUUCGACAGCAACUCUCGGAGAGGGAAGAUGCCAUUGAGAAGCUGGAGCAGCUUCAUGAGCAAUACCUGCAGCGGAUCGAUGCCGCAGAGUGCUUGGCAGAAAAGAAGAAAGCCGACUAUGAAAUGCAGCAGGAGCAACUCCAGGGCGACUUUAAAGAAUCCCAGCAAGCCCGGCGCUUGCUUGAGCAACAGGUGGUUGAGCUACAGCAGCAGCUUGCACACCUCUGGGCCACUUGGGACACAAGUCUGGCAGGGGCCAGAGAGAAGCUGGCACUCACAACGGCGGAGCACGCUGAGAAGUUUGGGCGCGUGGCAGCAGAACAAGCUGAGAAGCUCGGGCAGGCAGCAGCAGAGCAUGCCGAAAAGCUCGGGCGCUCAGCCGCAGAGCAAGCCGAAAAGCUUGGGCGCGCCGCUACAGAGCAGGCAGAAAAGUUCGGGUUUGUUGCGGUCGAGCAGGGCGAGAAGCUCGGACGUGCUCUGGCAGAGAACGCGGGCCUUCAGUCUCGGCUGCAGGCUGCUGAGCGCCGCGUCAGCGAAGCGAUGCAGGAGCUACACGCGACAGGGAUGAGGGCCAAAGCAGCUGAAGAAAGCCAUGCCAAAGUGCAGUCUGAGCUCCUUGAGGUUCGACUUGUUGCCAGCAAUCAGUUGGAGGCAGUGCGGCGCCAAGCAGAGGCUGAAUGCCGACGACUCACACGCCAGAUGCAAACUUGGAAAGCGAGGGCUCAACAGGAGCAGGAUCGUGCAGACCAGGUUCUUCGAACGGAAGAGUCGUUCAAAUGGCAGCAACAGGCUGCUUUUGACUUGGAACGUUCAGAGUUAGAGUGCCAGGUUCAACGGCUGCGACGCGAAGUGUCGUUGAUCCGUUCCAGGGUCCGUGAUGGAGUACAGGCAAUUGUCUCGUCCGAAUUAAUGGCAACGGCCCACUAG